CAUCUUUCACUCGGACACUCGCGUUUGUGCUGGUCGAGCCUGAGAGAUUCUCUACAGAUCUUCCUACAUCCUCGCAUAGCACAACGUGCAUCCAAUCGCCAUUGCCACAUAUCUGGCCUGUACAGGAUUUUNCAUCUAGUCGCUAUGCCUCGCCGCAUCGCGCAAGUCGUAAAGGUCCAGAGGAAGCGGACAAACGCACUGAGAUUGCGCCAUUUCAAGCGCAAUGAGGGCUCCAUCGACCAAAUGGAGGAGAAGCUCAGAAGCGUGGUAGAGGUUCCGUUCUCAUAUCCUUCUUACACGCUCACCUCCAAAGCACAGCUUCCAACUUGUCCGGAGUCGUGUGAGAUCUGCUCCCAGCAAUACCUGCCGUCGUCUGUCGUCAACAAUCCGGUGAACCCACGCACUAUGAUUCCUCACAGCGACGCCGAAGCCGCCCAGAUCACUGCAGAUUACGUUCAGAGCAUCAACGCCGACCGUGACGCUAUUCGCUCUAUGCUGGAGAUGCAAGGUGACCUCCUUUCAAGACGCUGGCAGCGAAAAGGUGUUGAGAAGCGUGCUACGAUUGUAUGUACAGCAAUGCCUGAAAUUUACGCUCGCCGAUUCCAGAGCGCCAAGCUAUGGUUCGACAACGAGCGAGCCUUCGAAGAGCAUCUCUCAACUCUAGACCACAGGAAGGCCAGAACUCGUGGAUACGAGCAGUGCAUGACGGAGAGCAUGCAAGCAAUCCAGAUUCGCAAUGAUGCGCAUCGCAAGCAGCACCUCCUCCCUUUUAUCGACGUCGAGACCCUAUCCCAAGAUCACAUGAGCUUGUUAGCUCUGCUACACUAUCGCUGUGAUUUCGAGAUCGCUGACUGGAUCAUGCAUGACUUCGAGCAUCUUAGUAUCGGCUUCGAGUGGGCUAUGGGACCACCUGCUUUCAAUCCACACUGCGUCAUCAUGUAUGGCAAGAACCUCGGUCGUUUGAUUCCAUGGAACAAGCAAUCGGCGCAUCGCUACGACAUCAUCGGUUACCCCAGAGCUGUGAUAACCCUGGAAGCACAAGCGACACUAUUCGCUUUUCUACGCAAGACAGUCGAAAUUGUGCUUGAGCCCAGCCAUCAAGGGUCGGCGGAAGGCCAUCAGCAAUGGGACGCACUUGUGCAGUCUGACUUUGGCAAGAUUGGUUCAAAGUCACUCGUAUACAGGCGUCCCGAAGCGUUCCGCAGUCCACCACGGCUUGACAUGGCUACCAUUGUCAAAAGCCUGACUGACCAACGAGAUAUCAUGUUCGACGAACUCUGGCUGCAGCAAACGGAUCCGCUAUACUUCCGCGCCCGUUUGAUGGAAGCAAAGAAUAGUGAAGUGCAUGAUCGCAUGACGGAGGAGUGGCGCAAAGAACGGGUGUUGGAGCUUGCUUUGUGCUACAGUGUGUGGGCCGACAACUUCCAGAUUGCUCUCACACAAGCCUUAGGUGUGCUCACAGUGCAAGAAGAGCUUAGCCGUGAAGUGUGCCCGGGGAAGUCGCCACCGUCCGAGUACGAGGCCAUUCUUGAGGUAUUUCAGAUGAACCUCCAGCAGAUGUUCCAUGGUCAGCUGCAUGAUCUCAGAUACCUGAUACCACAAGAAAAAGCUUUCCGGAAUUACUUCGACAUCCUGGAAGAUGGCCAGCCCAAACCCAAGUUGUCAUCUGAAAAGAUGCUCCUGGCCAACCCGAUGUUGUGGAAUUUGAUUCAGCUCGGCACCAAGUGCGACGCACACUCACCCACUUUUCACCUGGCUUUCGUCGACCAUCUCAUGCACGGAGAUUCAAAGAAUGAGAAGAGCCGUAUCUCAUCGUUGCUUGCUACGCACAUCUCCAGCAUGGUCGCCGUAGACGAUAUCAUGUCGAGCCUGUUGCACCAUCGACCUCGGCUCGGUGUCACCGUCGACGAGGAGGUAUUUGCUAAUUUCGCUUUGGGGCGGCCACGUACACUGCCCGGACGCCAGCAAAAAGCNUUUGGGGGCAUCUAUGCAUACAGUGAUUUCAUGUGGGCGAAACUCAAGGUAUUCAUGGAAUUGCCUCCGCCGCCAUCUGAGGAGCCUGCUGUACUGCUCAAGCAUUUGAGGCCCCUUGAUGAGGCAUCGCGAGAGUUCUGGGAGUGGGCGUGUGCUACUUUCGUAGUCGCGAUAAAAGAAACCGGUCAUCCGAAGGAGCUUUACUCGAACCCGAUACACCUGCAUAUGUACGGUACCUUGCCGACAGAGGUGGAGCGAAAGGCGUUGUGGUACGCUGAUUUACAAAGGGCCGUUGAUGAGCAAGUACAGGCCGCCCAACCACCAAGCACAACAUCAGUCGUUGCACCACCACUGCAGACCACCUGGGGCGAGCCAGCAUCACCGGCUGCCGGCCCUGUUACCAGAGCAAAGCUGAAGGUGAAAACGAGGCCAUCGGAACCGCCUACUUCCUUGGCAGACGACAUGACAUGGGAUGCUGAGCCCAUCGUCUCUCCUCCAAGUCCACAAGCUUCCUCAAUUCUGGUGUCCUCUAAGAGUUUGGGUCUGCUUGUACGCAUGUUCACAACAGACCCUAGUGCGCCAAGCGAGAUCUACUGGACCGAGUUUGUUUCGGCAAUGGUCGAUUCCGGUUGCUCUGUCAUGCCUGGUGGCGGCUCUUGCUUUACGUUCACGCACGUAGAUGAGAUGGAACAGAAGCGCUCGAUGGUCUUCCAUCGUCCGCAUCCCGAGCCGACCAUGAGUAAGGAGAGGCUGAAGUCGUUUGGAAGUCGAUUAAACAGGCGCUGGGGCUGGACCGAAGCAACCUUUGCGAUGAAGGUGUCAAAAAGGAAACCGGUUCAGAUGGGAAUGAAGAGUUGCUGCUGGCUGUUGGCUGGUGGUCUUUGA